AUGUUGGUGCAUCAAGUGAAGCGGUUGAGGUUACUUUUCCCCUUUGCCCUGUUUACAAAUCAUGACGCUCGGUAUUUUCCCAAUGUGAAGUCUGCAACUCCGUCGACGGGCAGCGAGGAGGAGGAGCUGCGCUUCGAUAAGAUACUUUGCGACGUGGUCUGCUCCGGUGAUGGUACACUUCGAAAAGCUCCGUAUGUCUUUAAGAUUUGGUCUCCAAGGGAGGCCAUCGGCCUUCAGAAGACGCAAAUUCAAAUUGCGUUGCGUGCCUGUCACCUGGCUCGCGUGGGCGGUCGUGUUGUGUACAGCACCUGUUCUAUGAAUCCUGUUGAAAAUGAGGCAGUUGUGGCGCAGAUUGUGCACCGCACCCGCGGAGCCAUGAAACUCGUUGACGCACGUCCGCUUCUGCCAGGCCUAGAGUGCGCUCCAGGUCUGCAGCGUUGGGUUGUAACCAAUUUCAAGGGUGACGUGGUUGAAGCGCCGUCGGAUGAGGCGCACGAGGCACUUUUUCCUCCAAAUACCCCGGCGGCGUACACCUCCGAUGCCGUGGAUGACUUGGACCUUAGUCUGUGUAUGCGGCUGUACCCCUCCCACUGCGGUGGGGGUGCCUUCUUUAUCGCAGUGAUGGAUAAGGUGAAGGAGUUUCGACUGCAGAAACGCGAGGAGAGUGAAGCAGCAGAGAGAGAGGGUAAGAAUAGCCAUGAUAGUGAGAAAAACGACUCCGGUGGCGAUAGCGGCGGCAAAGGGAUACUCGCUGGAAAGAGGGGGCGAAUAGAGGGCGGGGAGGCCGAGGCUGUGGAGGACUCGGGUGGCGUCACCCGCAAGAAACGGGUUCCUCCUACCUACGUGACGGCGCCGGCGCCCAUCACUGACGCGGUGAUCAACUUCUAUAAAGUGAAGGACUUUCCUCUCCGGCAGCUCGUCGUGCGCACUGCGACAGGGCAACGUGAGUUGAAGCUCUCCGAUGGUUCGACCUGCUCCAUCGUCUCCUCCUCGGCGUUGGAUGUCCUGCGGAGGAAUGCCGAUUCUCUUCUUGUGGUGUCGGCGGGUCUUCGCGUGCUUGCCCAUGAGCACCUUGACAAGGGCUGGCGCAUUGCGAGCGAGUCUGCCACCCUUUUCGCCAAGGUGAUGCAGCACUCACCGCGGCUGCUGCGAGUUCCCGUGCGUUUUGUCGAGCAGCUUCUCUCCGGUGGCAAGUUGAAGGAUGUGCUUUUCACCGACAUUGACGAUGCCGACUUGCGGGCACGCGUCGUAUCGAUGGAGCUUGGCACUGUUCUGUUGGAGAUUGACUGCCCCGCCGCUGUGGGUGGUGUGUUCUACUCCGUUGCCUUGCGGGCACGCACACGCCUGCAACUGCUGGUGGACCACGAGGAUGUCGUGGGGCUAAAGCUGCGGCUGGGCAUCGCCGCCGAGCCGACGGUAGACGAACCCGUGUCUGCGGUGUAG